GGGCGCGCUCGGGUCCCCCCCUCCCCGGGGCGCGGCGGCGCGGCGGUGGCGGGAGCUCGUGCUGUCCCCGCCGCCCCGGAGCCGCCGCUCGGCAACAUGGCGGACCUGGAGGCAGUGCUGGCCGAUGUCAGCUACCUGAUGGCCAUGGAGAAGAGCAAGGCCACCCCCGCCGCCCGCGCCAGCAAGAGGAUCGUGCUGCCCGAGCCCAGCGUUCGCAGCGUGAUGCAGAAGUAUCUGGAGGAGAGACACGAAACCACCUUCGACAAGAUUUUCAACCAGAAAAUCGGUUUCUUGCUCUUUAAAGACUUUUGUUUGAAUGAAAUCAAUGAAGCCGUACCUCAGGUGAAGUUCUAUGAAGAGAUAAAGGGAUACGAGAAGCUGGACAACGAGGCCGAGCGCCUGUCUCGGAGCCGCCAGAUCUACGACACCUACAUCAUGAAGGAGCUGCUGUCCUGCUCCCACUCCUUCUCCAAGAAAGCGGUAGAGCACGUCCAAACCCAUCUAUCCAAGAAGCAAGUGACGUCAAGUCUUUUUCAGCCGUACAUAGAAGAAAUCUGUGAAAGUCUCCGAGGCAGCAUCUUCCAGAAGUUCUUGGAAAGCGACAAGUUCACUAGAUUCUGCCAGUGGAAAAACGUGGAACUUAACACCCAUCUGACCAUGAAUGAUUUUAGCGUGCAUCGAAUCAUUGGCCGCGGUGGCUUUGGCGAAGUGUAUGGCUGCAGGAAGGCUGACACCGGCAAGAUGUAUGCCAUGAAGUGUCUGGAUAAGAAGAGGAUCAAGAUGAAGCAAGGAGAGACCUUGGCCUUGAAUGAGAGGAUCAUGCUGUCCCUUGUGAGCACGGGAGACUGCCCGUUCAUCGUGUGCAUGACAUAUGCCUUCCACACCCCUGACAAGCUCUGCUUCAUCCUGGACCUCAUGAACGGCGGGGACCUGCACUACCACCUGUCUCAGCACGGCGUCUUCUCGGAGAAGGAGAUGCGUUUCUACGCGGCCGAGGUCAUCCUGGGCCUGGAGCACAUGCACACCCGCUACGUGGUCUACCGUGACCUGAAGCCCGCCAACAUCCUCCUGGACGAGCAUGGCCACGUGCGCAUUUCCGACCUGGGGCUCGCCUGCGAUUUCUCCAAGAAGAAGCCGCAUGCCAGCGUGGGCACCCACGGGUACAUGGCUCCCGAGGUGCUGCAGAAGGGCACGGCCUACGACAGCAGCGCUGACUGGUUCUCACUGGGCUGCAUGCUCUUCAAGCUGCUGCGCGGCCACAGCCCCUUCAGGCAACACAAGACCAAAAACAAGCACGAGAUCGACCGGAUGACGCUCACCGUGAACGUGGAGCUCCCAGAUACCUUCUCCCUGGAGCUGAGGUCCCUGCUGGAGGGCUUGCUGCAGAGAGACGUGUGCAGGAGGCUGGGCUGCCUCGGGGGCGGCUCACAGGAAGUGAAGGAGCACGUGUUCUUCAGAGGCAUCGACUGGCAGCACGUCUACCUGCAGAAGUACCCUCCGCCCCUGAUCCCACCCCGCGGAGAAGUCAACGCCGCAGACGCCUUUGACAUCGGCUCAUUUGAUGAGGAGGACACCAAAGGGAUCAAGCUCCUGGACUGCGAUCAGGAGCUCUACAAGAACUUUCCACUGGUUGUCUCCGAGCGCUGGCAGCAGGAGCUGGUGGAGACGGUGUUCGACGCCGUCAACGCCGACACGGACAAAGCAGAGGCCAGGAAGAGGGCCAAGAACAAGCAGCUCGGCCGUGAGGAAGACUACGCGCUGGGCAGGGACUGCAUCGUGCACGGGCACAUGCUGAAGUUGGGCAACCCCUUCCUCACGCAGUGGCAGCGCCGUUACUUCUACCUCUUCCCCAACAGGCUGGAGUGGCAAGGAGAGGCGGAGUCCCGGGACUCCUGGAGUAUUUAUUCCAAAAAGCACAAACUGCAAAGCCUCCUGGCCAUGGAGCAGAUUCUGUCUGUGGAAGAGACGCAGAUCAAAGACAGAAAGUGCAUCUUGCUGAGGAUUAAGGGCGGCAAGCAGUUUGUGCUGCAGUGUGAGAGCGACCCCGAGUUUGUCCAGUGGAAGAAGGAGCUGACAGACGCCUUCAUGGAGGCCCAGAGGCUCCUGCGCCGGGCCCCCAAGUUCCUCCACAAGACUCGGUCCAACACUCUGGAGCUCGCCAAGCCGCCCCUCUGCCAGCGCAACAGCAACGGGCUCUGAUGACACAGGGCCUGAGGGGCCUGUAACACGGGGCUGCGGCCCUGCAGGGGAGCCCGAGCCGAGCGGGGACCGGCCGCUGGGGAGAUGGCCGCCAGGACGCCCGAGGGAUGGGGCCACCCCCAGACCACGUGGAAAGGUGUGUCCACAGGUCCCCCACGUCAGCCAAGCCUUGGUGAC